ACUUCCGCGUUCCCUUAUAAUACAUUGCAGUUUUUAUUUGGACAUGGAACGCGACGCGAAGUCUUCGAGAUGUUCAGUUCGCGGAAAUUGAUAUGAAUAAUUAGCAAAUAAAAAUAAUCGCCAGGGUAGUCUUAACACCAAUGACGAUAUAGUAGUGACAAAGUCAACAACAACGAUAGCAACGCGCGCGAUCCAAUUUGUUGACGACUCGCUCGGUCUCAGUGUGUUUGUGUACGGGGCAUGCUGACUCAGUUUACGGAUUACGGGCAAUAGACGCGGAUACCAGAUUAGAAUCCAGUUGAACGAGAGCUGCAAUUUAACAUUUGCAAAUGUGUACCAACUAAAGAAAAAACCGCACGAGAAACACACACACACACAGACGAACUCACACAGCAGACAACGCCACCUACAACACCCAACACCCCAAACACACACACACACGGACACACACGCAUACAAUGUCACAUUUGCCAGUACCACUUUAUGGCUUCGCAGCAUUUUUUAUGAUUUUCUGGUUUGGCACUUGGUGUGUGCAUCUGAUCGCGAUCUGCUAUGGCAAAUAUAAGCUGCAUAAGAAGUCAUGCAAACUGCCAACGGAAUCAUCCCCCCUGCCGGGUGUGUCCAUAUUGAAGCCAUUGAUGGGCGUUGAUCCCAAUUUGCAGCAUAAUCUGGAAUCGUUUUUCACCAUGGAUUAUCCGCUGUUCGAGUUACUCUUCUGUGUGGAGGAUAAACACGAUCCGGCCAUUAAGCUGGUCGAGCAGCUAUUGGUGAAGCAUCCCCAGAUCGAUGCACAGCUAUUUGUGGGUGGCUCCGAUGUGGGCGUGAAUCCAAAAAUCAAUAAUAUCCAUCCCGGCUAUAUGGCAGCGAAAUAUGAUUUCUUAAUGAUAUCGGACAGUGGGAUUAAGAUGAAGAACGACACGCUCCUCGACAUGGUGCAGAACAUGUCCGAUCGUCAUGCGUUAGUCCAUCAGAUGCCCUUCACCAGCGAUCGCGAUGGAUUUGCGGCGACCUUCGAGAAGGUCUACUUUGGCACGGUGCAAUCGAGAAUCUAUUUGUCGGCCGAUGUGCUGGGCAUCAAUUGUCACACGGGCAUGUCCUGUCUCCUACGGAAGGCAGUCAUCGAUCAAUUGGGCGGACUGAGGGCAUUUGGGUGCUAUCUCGCCGAGGAUUUUUUCAUUGCCAAGCGCGUCACCGAAUUGGGCUGGAAGAUGCGCAUCUCCAAUCAGCCAGCGCUCCAAAAUAGCGGUGUCUGCGAUAUUGCCAGCUUCCAGGCGCGACUUAUACGCUGGGCCAAGCUGCGGGUGGCAAUGGUUCCUACAACGAUACUGCUGGAACCUCUCUCGGAAUGUAUGAUACUGGGUGCACUGGCUGCGUGGUCAGCAUCGCUGCUGUUCGCCUGGGAUCCAUUGGUGUUUUAUCUGGUGCAUGUGCUCUGCUGGUUUCUAUCGGACUGGCUGCUGUUGUCGAUUGUACAGCAUGGCUCGAUGCCAUUCCACAAAUUUGAGUUUGUCAUUGGCUGGCUGUUUAGGGAGCUAACCGGCCCAUAUUUGUUCCUGCACGCACUGUGGAAUCCGGCAAUACGCUGGAGGACGCGCACCUUUAAGCUACAUUGGGGCGGAGUUGCAUACGAAUUACCGCUCAAUUCACCCGCAUCGGAUUCUUCUCUCACAGCGCCAUUGCAGCCGACGGCGCCCACGUUGUUACCCACAUCUUUAGGAGGAGCAACGACAAAGAUGGGCACGCUGCCGCUGGCUAAACAUCGACUGCUGAUCUCGUAGCAGCAGUUAGUUAAAAUUAGUUUGUUAUAUGCGUAAAUUGUAUAAUCAGCGGAAUGCUAUUUUUGAGCUAAGUUGAUGUGGCAGUAGUAUUAUUAUUACUAGCAAAAAUAACAGAGAAAAAACCCCCACUUAGUCACUACAUAAACUUAAGUGUAAGUGUAAAGUCAGGUGAACUAAAGCGAGCUCUAACUUGAGCUCUUCUACUGCUUGUCUAAAUUACGGCCUUUAAGCUUAAGCAGCGGCAUCCAAAGUCUGGACAUGAUUACUCCUGCUAACUAACGUUAACUAAUUGACAGCAUCAACUGUAACAACAACAACAACAACAACAAAACAUGAAAUUUUGUUGAACCGAACUUAAACCUAAGUUGACAGCUUGUGCUUUAAGUAUAUAGAUACAUUAUAUUUGUAGAGAUCUGUAAAUUAAGUCAAUUUAAGCAAAAGUUUUUGUAAUUUUUGUAUUUAGUUGCACUUGAGAUUUUGGGGGAGAAAUGAGAAUGUUGCAUAGUUUAGUUAGAUUUUGUUAUUGCUUUUUUAAAAUCGAUUAUCUUAAUUAUAAUUAGAUAUAUAGCUAAGCGAAAAACGAUAUAUUAUUUGUUUUCUUUUUGAUUUAAACAUAUAAUCACAUACAUACAUACAUACAUACUAUCCUCACUAUUUUCCCUGCUUUGCAAUUUUCUGUAAAUAUGCUUCGCUACACCGCCAUCGAAUAAAUUUAAUUUAUAUUA